CUCCUCCAGAGUCUCGAUUUCGGAUUCGGAAUGUGCGAUGGGGUUUCUCAGACGUCAUGUUGGCCGGAGUUCUCGGGAUGAGCGAGUGUCGCCUCGCAGUGAGUUACCAUUGUGAUUAGUGAGUCUUCAAGAGGUGAGGAAUGAGAGGUUCGAUGCCGUAUAAGAACCGGUCGACGAUGCUCCCAUCCAAGAGAUUCUCUUUCUGGCUCACCAGAACACAAGCAUCAUAUUCAGAUACAUCCUACAAUAGCUCGAUUACCCUCAUUCUCUAAAUCUCACCACACUUCACCCAACACCACCACCACCAACCAUCAAAAUGCUCGGCAAGAUCGCCCUCGAAGAAGCCUACGAAAUGACAGGCAUGGAAGCCAAGUCAGAGUACGAAGCCUCCCUCUACAUCAACCCCUCCGACCGCGCCCGUUACAUGCGCCAAAUCAGCGACCUCAACUCGGAGCGCGUCAAGCUCGCCGACGCCCACGGCAUCGGCUACACCAUCGUCUCCCUCACCGUCCCCGGCAUCCAAGGCAUCGCCGACCAAGCCGCCGCCGAGCGCCGCGCCACCGAAGUGAACAACUGGGCCCACGACCAAAUCAAGCACAACCCCUCCAAGCUCGGCGCCUUCGCCUGCCUCUCGAUGCACGACCCCGCCCAGGCAGGCCGCGAGCUCCGCCGCUGCGUGACCGACCUCGGCUUCCACGGCGCCCUGCUCUGCGACUUCCAGCACGCCGGCCCCAACGGCGAGACGUACAAGUUCUACGACCAGCCUGAGUACGACGCCUUCUGGGAGGUCGUCUGCGCGCUCGACGUGCCCGUGUACAUCCACCCGGCCGCCCCCGCCGACGUCGUCCUCGAGAAGCUCUACGCGCAGCGGAAGUACCUCAUCGGCCCGCCCCUGUCCUUCGCCAACGGCGUGAACCUCCACCUCAUGGGCCUCAUCUCCAACGGCGUCUUUGACCGUUUCCCGAAGCUGCAGGUCAUCGUCGGCCACCUGGGCGAGCACCUCCCCAUCGACCUGUGGCGCAUCAACCACUGGUUCGAGGACGUCAAGAAGCCGAUCGCCGCGGCGGAGGGCAACGCGGACCGCAUGUGCAAGAGGACCGUGUACGACUACUUUAGGGAGAACAUCUACGUCACCACGUCGGGCAACUUUUCCACGCGCGCUUUGAAGUACGUGGUGGACGAGAUCGGGGCCGACCGCGUGCUGUUCUCGGUGGAUUAUCCGUACGAGACGAUUGAGAUGUGCUCUGCUUGGUGGGACGGCCAGGCUGAGGAGGUGAAGGAGGCGGUGGGCGGCGUUGAGAAUUAUCGCAAGAUUGGGCGUGAUAAUGCGAAGAAGCUGCUCAAGCUGGGCGAGUUCCAUGACUCUGAGGCUCCUGUGUCUUGA